UUGUUCACGUCACUCCGAAUUUUCGGGAGAAUCGCGGAGGAAGGAGGGGAGAGGACCGCCAUUUUCCCUGGAAGAGGGGGAGGCUGUGGCUGGCUGCUGCCCCAGCCGGAGGACCAGAAGCCCGGGGAGAGGGGGCUCAACAAAGACCCGGAGAGGGCUCAUGUGAUUGGCUGCCGCACGUCACGUGAUCAGUGCGUUCGCGAACGACUGGCCAAAAGACUGUUGCUGGUAGAGGGAGCAGUACCAACUAUCCGUUGCAAGGAGACAGACACAGUAACUGGCUGUCCACCGAGAAGAACCAGAGUAGCCAUGUCGAGAAGAAGGUGGUCUGAAGAGGACGGAGAGUUCACGUUGGGAGGAGCCAGAGAGGGGCUCCGGUCCAAGCCCAGGUUCUCCUUCACAGAGCUCAGGGUGCUGCUGGAUGCUGUGAAGAAGAACAGAUACAUCCUCCUCAAGAAGUUCAACCAAGGAGUCCCAGCAGAGGACAAGAAACGCACCUGGACGGACAUCACCAACCAGGUCAACUGUCUGGGAGAGAACCACAGACAGGUGCGUCAGAUCAUGAAGAAGUGGGCCGACCUGAAGUGCGACGGAAAGCGGCGCAUCGCGGCCAUGCGGGGGCCCAACGGCAGCAGCGUGAGGAAGAAGGGGCUGGGCCCCGUGGAGAAGAUGGUCCACAAGAUCCUCAAGUUGAGCCCCAACAGAGACGUGGACAGCGACAGCGACCUGGAGGGGGCGGAGCUAUACAAGCGCUACGGGCGAGGCCCCGCCCCCUACCUGAGCCUCACCGACAGCCCCCCGGGGGGGGCCGCCUUCGACAUCUCGCCUCUGUCCUCCCCAGAGAAAGACAUCGGUGACCAGCUCCAGUCAUCGUCAGAGGUGGACCUGGCAGAGGACGGAGAUGUGGACAGCGACAGCGACCUGGAGGGGGCGGAGCUAUACAAGCGCUACGGGCGAGGCCCCGCCCCCUACCUGAGCCUCACCGACAGCCCCCCGGGGGGGGCCGCCUUCGACAUCUCGCCUCUGUCCUCCCCAGAGAAAGACAUCGGCGACCAGCUCCAGUCCUCGUCAGAGGUGGACCUGGCAGAGGACGGAGGUGAGAGGGCCGGUUCCCGUUUCCAUGGCGUUUUCUCCCUGUUUCCAUGA